GGAAAAAAAGAAGGACGUUAUAGAGGGAAUCGUAUUUUUAGAAUAGAGAAGGCUGUGAAACUGACAAAAGCGUGGCGCCAUAUUGCUUGUGUUUGGUUUGCCGUUCUGGCGCGUGGUCGAAAAUAAUUAUAAUCAAUUGAUACAUCAUGUCCGAUAAUCAGGAACAGAAACCCGAAGCCGGCCCAGGAGACGCAAAUUCCGAGUACAUUAAACUCAAAGUCGUUGGAAAUGACAGUAACGAAAUUCACUUUAGGGUAAAGAUGACGACUCAAAUGAACAAACUCAAAAGAUCCUACAGCGAAAGAGUGGGUGUUCCUAUCAACUCACUCAGGUUUCUCUUCGAUGGCAAAAGGAUCAAUGAUGAAGAGACGCCAAAGCAACUGGAAAUGGAGAACGAUGACGUAAUCGAGGUGUAUCAAGAACAGACGGGUGGUCACUUUUGAAGCUCUUCAAAUUGGAAUGGAGGCUUGCAAUUUGAUUAAAAUUUAUUUUUCAUUUUUUUUUUCCCCAAUUUUUGUCAAAGUGGAAGUGAUUAACGUAUGAUAUAUGAACAAAAAAAAUAAAAGAUCAAAGAAAAAGAGUAGGAGAAAGAGAGAAAGAAAGAGGGAAAAAAACAAAAUGGACAAGGCUAUAAUUAUUUGUGCAUAUGUAUGUUCGUAAUGAAACAAAAUCUCGUAUAAAUUGUGUCUAGCCGUUUUACAUUCCUUUGCGACGAGCAAAAAAAAUGAAAACCACAAAUUUGUCGGAUGAGCUAGAACUAAGUAGAAUAGUUAUCACCUUUUUCUUCCUCUUUUUGAAAAUUUUGGAAUUUCAAAGAAAAAAUAAUGAUACAACAGCAUUAAAAGAGAAAAAAUUAACAGAGAACAUCAAGAAACAUGCCUUAAAUAGCGUGUAAACUUACAUGUCUCCCUUUGACCUUCGAAAAUGUUCAUUCUCUAUAUAAACACUUUUAUUAUUCUACAUUUUUUCCUUCCUUUCUUCCAUUAUGAGAAACACUUUCGAGCCGCACUUGCGUAUGUCCGAUGCGAGAUGAAACAAGACAAGGAUGGAUACGAAAACAAUAAAAGUGAAAAAUCUCUCGUCGGCUUACCCAAAUGUAAAAUAGUUUGUCGAUUUAUUAAACACUCCUAGUACGGUACGAGGAAUAUGUGUACUCUACUUUUCGACUUAAGUCUGAUUGUGGCUAACUUGUAACGGAAUUUAUGAUAACAAACAAAAUCGCAUUAAAAAUAAUAAUUAAACGAAAUAAGGAACGUAUAGUUAAUAAAACGCUACGAUAAACACAAA